AUGCCCAAACGUCGAAGAUCGAGUACGUCUCAAAAUGAUCUACCAAUAACGAAGAAACAUUGCCUCCCACCUAACAAACGCGAUCACAUCUCUCAUCUUUCCUCGGAGCUCCUCAUCCGUAUCCUUCAUCAUCUACCAAUUGAGACUCUCCUAUCCUGCCACUCUGUUUCUCAACACUUCUAUACUCUUACUCACGAUUCUCAACUAUGGAAAUCGUUAUACUAUUCUCGAUUUGUGUUACCACGCGCAUUGCGUAUCCCGGGGAUUAAGAGCCGGGAGAAAUCGAACAAAGAAAGAAGUACGGGAGAACUGAGAGAAGAAGGGAGUAGGAAUAAAUCUGAGAAUGAAGAAAGGUUUCGGUUCAGUUCGAGAAGGAGUAGAUGGUUAGAUGAGGAAGGGUUGAGAAGUAGAGGUGAUGGGAGAGAAACCAAUUGGAAGAGGCAGUAUAAACUAAGGCAUAAUUGGGCAAGGGGUGCAUGUGAGGUUGAAGAGAUUGAAAUUGCAGAGAGAGGAAAUGUACCGAAUGUAUUGGUGAGGUUAGCAGGAGGAGUGGUAAUUACGGUUGGUGAGAAUGAGGGUUUGAAGGCUUGGGGUCUUAAGGAGAGGGAAUUGAUUACGACAUGUGGAUUAGAGGGGAUACCUACGUGCUUAGCCGUCGAUGAACAAGAUGGAGAGAAAGGAAGAUUUGGGAUUGUGGUAGGGUUUGAAGACGGAGGUUGGGGAACCUGGGUACUCGAUGUGGAAAAUAAGAUGUUUGUGAAAAAAUACAGGCAUCCACCGAGCAGUAAUGGGAUGUUAAGUGCUAUAGCCUAUGCAUAUCCAUACAUAUUGAGCAUCACAGAAAGGCAGCUUCUUUCUUUCUAUACGCUUAAUCCUACCGGAUCGAUACAACAGUCCGAAGACGAGGACGAGAGCAACAAUAAACAAGGGAACGUGGAUAAAUUAAUCCGUCCACAUCUCUUGACAUCUCUCAAAUCGCAUUCUUCAUGGCCGCCACUAUCCCUAUCCAUCCGUCUCACGCCAUCCACUAUCAUCGCCUCAAUAGUUUACACCCUCCCAACCUACCUAAGCGGCCACACCAUCUCAAUUCAAGAACUUCACUUCACUCUCUCCUCGCUCGAGCUCCCAACCCUAAAAAACUCCCGUCUAACCUCCUCUUUCCCCCCUGGCUUUCAACCGCUAACUUCCUCUGCCCCACGCGCUUCUCUACCCCGUCCAACAUCUCUCUCUUACGCACACCCCUAUAUCCUGGCCACACAUCCCGAUAAUACCCUUUCUCUCUACCUCUGCACUAGUACACACACCUCGCUUACUCUUUCUUCUCCCCAGAAAUUAUUCGGACAUACAAGCUCGAUUAGUUUCGCAAGUAUUACUAGUAGGGGUAAGGCAGUGAGUGUUAGUGAAAGGGGAGGAGAGUUGAGGGUUUGGGAAUUGGAACCGGGUAUGUUUAGGAAGGGAGAGGGGUCAAGGGUAGAAAGGAGUGUGAGGGUUGGCGAGGGGAAAGAAAGGGUCAAUGGCGAUGGAGGUGGAGAAGGGGAAGGGAGAAAAAUGAAUGAUACCGAGAAGAGGAAGAUGAAAGAAGAUCUAGAAAAGAAAAUCUGGGUUGGUUUUGAUGAGGAAAUGGUCAUAGUACUGAAAUCGAGCGAGGAGGAAUCUGGUUGUGAGUGGGAGUGCGACGAAGAGGAACCGAGUCCUGGGCAAUUACUUAACAGUGCGCAUGAUGAGAACGGAUUGGCUGCGAGAGAAGCCAAUAGACCUGGGUUGGGGAAUGGGGGUAUACAGCAGCGAUUGGUCAUAUAUGAUUUUACAUAG